AUGGACAACCUCACCAUCAUCACAGAUUUCCUUCUGAUGGAUAUCUCGAGCUCCUGGGAGAUACAGAUCUUGCAAGGAGUGCUGUUCUUAGUCAUUUAUCUGGGAGCUCUAGCUGGGAAUGUUUUAACUGUUACCGUCAUUGUGAAAGACCCACAACUGCACUCUCCAAUGUACUUCUUCAUAGGCAAUUUAUCUCUCAUAGAUCUUUGCUGCAUAUCAGUUAGUGUUCCCAAAUCAAUUGUGAAUUCUCUGACAGGUAGUAAAUUAAUCUCACUCAAAGAAUGUGCUGCUCAAAUUUUCUUCUAUAUAUUUUUUGCAUCUAUAGAGCUUGCUUUCCUUGUGGUAAUGUCCUAUGACCGCUAUGUUGCCAUUUGCCACCCUCUGCAUUAUGGACUCACCAUCACCCCGCGUCUUUGCACACAGGCAGCUGGUGGUUCAUGGGCAAGUGGGCUGGUCUAUUCUACCAUCCACACAGUGACCAUGUUCAGGCUUCCCUUUACAAAGUCCAAUGUGAUCCAUCAAUAUUUCUGUGAAGUACCUCAAGUUUUGAGGAUCUCAUCCUCAGAUGUUCAGUUUUCUGAGUCUGUGGCCCUAGCUAUAAGUUCUUGCAUUGUUUUAGUAUGUUUUGUCAUAAUGUUUAUGUCAUAUAUUAAUAUAUUUUCAAUGGUCCUUCGGAUGCGUUCUGUGGAUGCCCGUAACAAAGCCUUAUCUACCUGUACCCCACAGUUGGGGAUUCUUAUUUUGUUUGUAAUUUCUGGGUUGAUUGCUGUUUUAGGACCCAUUGGAAACAAAGCAUCUCUUAAGAAUCUUCUGACAGCUAUGUUCUACACUCUGGUGCCACCGUUUAUAAAUCCUAUCAUCUAUAGCCUACGGAACAGAGAGAUUAAAGAUGCUCUAGGCAGAAUGUUCAACAGAUAUUUUGAGUUUCCAAGGAGGGGUUUUUGA